GUCAUUGUGUCAAAUAAUAAUCAAUACAAUAAUACUACGUAAUAAAUACUUCUGUAAUAAUAAAUUAAUGAUUGACCCCAACUCCCCCCAGCCCGCAAACCCCACGCUGUGUCUUUUUCCUUAUUAAAGGAGUGGGCAGAGGCGUAGUUGGAGCAGCAAAAAGAAGGCAUCAUAUCCACCCGCAAACACUUGUUGUAGUUUUCUCAUCCAGAUUUUUCUUUAUUUCCCUAGCUAGCUAAUUAAAAAACAAUCCUUUUUUCUUUCUGUAAGCAAUAAACAAAACCAAUCACCAUUAAUUGAACUGUUGUGCGUGCAAAUAUGCAACUGAGGAAGAUGGAGUGCCUGCCUUCUCGUACCGGGCGUGACCUGCAGAGGUAUAAUGUUCAAGGUUGCCGCCAAGUUGUUGGCUGCAUUCCGUACAGGAUAGCCAAGCAAUCAUCCAUUCAUGGGACCCGCGGCCCCAUUGAUGAUCUGGAAUUCCUCCUUGUCAGCUCUCAGAAAAGUCCAAGGAUGAUGUUUCCUAAGGGUGGGUGGGAAGUGGAUGAAUCAUUGGAAGAAGCAGCAAUUCGAGAAAGCUUCGAGGAAGCUGGGAUUUAUGGAGAAGUUGGGGUACGUAAUACCAUGCAUAAUCGACUGACCUUCAUCUUAAUUUUUAUAUAUGCAUGGAUCAAGAAGGAAGAUUGGAUUGAUGUUUAGUUUGUUUCAUUAUUAUAUAUAUUCUCGAUCAGCCGGGUGUACCUUAAUUAGCUAGCUAGUACUUAUGCAUCUAUACAUACACAUACAAAUAUUGCAGAAAUGUUUAGGUAAAUGGUUUUUUAAGAGCAAGAGCUUAGGAGUGUUACAUGAAGGUUUCAUGUUGCCUUUGAUUGUUAUGGAGGAGAUAGAUGAUUGGCCUGAGAAACAUGUACGCCAACGAUUAUGGGUACAUACGUGAUACGUCUGUUGUCAUUUAUAGUCGGGUAUAUAUAAAUCAUUCAUUCAUUGUUGACAAAAUUUUAAUGCGGCAUUGCAUGUUGAAUUGAAUUUGGUGCAGGUGUCGUAUAGUGAGGCGAUAGAAGCAUGCUUUCAUCCGUGGAUGAAGGAAGCAUUAGAUGUGCUUGUAACUCAGAUCACCCUUCAGCAAGGAGGUGGGGAUGAGAAGACGAAGAAGAAGAAAGAUCACGAGUCUUCAAGAAAGGGAGAAUUGGAAGAGCCCCAUCCCCAUCAUCAUCAUCAGCUACUGUCACUCAAAGAAGCCCCGACGAGCUGUUCCAUCGAGUUCUUGAGGACCGAGUUGAAUGCACUUCUUUAGCUGACUAAGCUAAUUACCUUUAGGAGCGCAGCAUGCAUGCAAUUCAUGAUUAUAUCCCAGCUAGAAUAUAAUUGGAUGGGUUUAAUUGGUUAAUUGGUUUUGUUUGUUUCCAGCAAGUGUAUAUAUUUUGCAACCAAAUUAGGGCUGCGGGGUUCACAUCAAAUUAAGUUCCGAGACAACCGCUUCUUUAAUUCCAUCCUAACCACCUUCUCAUGCUUUUAUUAAUUAUUAUUAAUUGGUUAAUGUCUUAAUGAUAUAUGAAUGAGAUGCACAGGCCACCCUUCAACUUCA